AUGGCGGAUACCGUAGAAAUAGAGUAUGAAAAUGGGUCGUCUAACGAUCAGGAAACAAUCUUUACAGACAUCACAAUAAAGGAACAGAAUAGUGAGCCUAUUUUAUCUAAAAAAGAAUUAUAUGCAUGGUACCUUUACGCAUUUGCUUGUGAAGUGUAUUCAGUUGUAUCAUUAUCAAGCUUUAUACCAUUGAUCUUGGAACAAUUCGCUUCAGAACAAGGUGUUCUCAAUAUUGAUCAUGAGAUCGCUUGCAAAAAUUCUACUGAACUUAAGGCUUUUGAAGAAGUACGCUGUGUUGUCAACAUUUUUGGAUUAUGGGUUGAUACUGCCUCGUUUAGCUUAUACACUUUUUCAUUUAGUGUAAUUCUACAAGCAAUUACCGCCGUAUCUAUCGGUGCAACGGCUGAUCACGGUGCAAUGCGCAAAACUUUAUUAAUAAUUUUAUUUCGUCGGAAAUUUUUCUUACAUCUUGAUGAUUUCUCGCCAAAACUG